AUGGCUAACUCUACGGACUCAGAUUCAGAGUCGAAGCUCAUUUCACUCAUUUCUCAAAUAGUGGCUCUAGACGACGGUAAGGAUACAGAUAUGGAUUCAAAUUCGGAUUCGGAGUGGGACUCGGAUUUGGAGUGGGAAUCGAAGAUAAUAUCACUGAUUAUCCAAACAAUCUCCCUCGUCAUAUCUAUGGAUUUAAAUUCACAGCCGAAGCCAGAGUCGAAGCUCAUGUCACUCACUACUCAAACAGUCUCGCUCUUCAAGUCUAUGGAUUUUGCUUCCCUUCCCAAGCCUCUGUUGAAGGUCAUAUCACUCUUUUCUAAAGAAAUCAAUAGAGGUUCCGACCAGAAGUUGGAGUCUGAUUUGAGAUUACCGUCACUUGUUGGCCAAACACUGAGACACAAGCCAGAACCAGAGCUCAUUUUACUCAUCCGUCAAAUAGCUAGUCUCCACCGUCGUCUCUCAGAGUUCAAAUCUGAAUAA